ACCCCAACUACCGAAAAUGAAACUGCAAUGAAAAACAUCCCAUCUUCUCCCGUGGCGGCUCGCAGAUCCCGGAAAGUCAACUACUCCGAACUGUCAGACCAAGAUGAGGAGGAUGAGGAGGAGGAUGGGGACAUUGUCAAACCAAAAAAGAAAAGAAAAGUCAUUGCGUGGGAUGACGCUGAUGACGAGGAUUUCGACUUGGGUAUGGCAAAAAAUAAGGAUGAUGAAGAUGAAUACAACAGUGGCAGUGACGAAAGUGACGACGAUGAUGCCAACAAUGACAAAAGCGAGAUUAAAGACGAGCUGACUGAGCUGACUGACAAAACUGUCGUUGAUGAUGAUGAGGACGAUAUUGUGGAGGAUGAGGCUUCAAAGCAAACGAAAGAAGCCAAACCUGUCGUCACAAGGAAGAUAAACAACUUAUCCAACAUCCUUUCGAGCAAACCUAGACAAAUGAGUGCUUCGAUGACACCACAGAAAAAAUUCAACAAGGAAAAUGAGGAACGGUACCAUUGGUUGAUUGAUGUCAAGGAUGCCGACGGUAAUUUGGAAUCCGAUCCAAAUUACGACCCUAGAACAUUGUAUAUUCCAUCAUCCGCAUGGCUCAAAUUUACGGCCUUCGAAAAGCAGUAUUGGUCAAUAAAGUCAAAAAUGUGGGAUACAAUCGUCUUUUUCAAGAAGGGUAAAUUUUUCGAGUUGUACGAAAAGGAUGCCGAUGUUGCACACUCGAAAUUCGACUUGAAGCUGGCUGGUACAGGUAGAGCAAAUAUGAGAUUGGCCGGUAUCCCUGAAAUGUCAUUUGAUUUGUGGACAAAACGAUUUAUAGAUGCUGGAUAUAAAGUUGCAAAGGUCGACCAAAAGGAAUCUCUGCUAGCCAAAGAAAUCAGAGAGAAGAAUGGAUCGGCUAAGGAUGCCAAGGAGUCGAAGGUUAUCCAACGAGAGCUUUCUUAUGUCCUAACAUGUGGUACUUUGAUUGAUGAGAAUCUAUUGGACGAUGAAAUGUCUAAAUAUUGUCUUGCUAUCAAAGAAACAGUUGACUAUGAAAACAACACUAAAGUUUUUGGAGUUUGCUUUGUCGACGUUUCCACAGGGAAUUUCCAAAUUUUACAAUUUGUUGAUGACUUUGAAUGUUCUAAGCUUGAAACUUUACUUUCACAAAUUAACCCAAUGGAGGUCCUAGUGUCUAAAAAUGAAAUAGACUUGCUAACUUUGAGAAUCUUGAAAUUCAAUUCUAACCCAAAUGCUUCGUUCAAUUUCAUAAAACCGGAUCUUGAAUUCUGGGGCCAUGAGAAGACGGUUGACGAGUUGUCAAAGUUUAACUCAUCUUAUGAUUUGAAAACCCCUGAAAUUCUGAAAAGCUAUUACGAAAAGGAAAACUUCUUGGCAUUCUCUGCAUUUGGCGCUAUCUUUUGGUAUUUAAGAUCACUGAAGUUGGAUGAGAACAUAGUUUCAAUGGGAAACUUUGGCGAAUACGACCCAUUCAGCAAGAAAUUACUUAAUUCUUCAAUGAGAUUGGAUGGUGUGACUUUACAAAAUUUGGAAAUUUUCAAUAACUCUUUUGACCAGUCAGACCGUGGUACCUUGUUCAAAAUACUCAAUAAAGGAUUGACUCCAUUUGGUAAAAGAUUAUUCAAAAGCUGGGUGAUCCACCCGCUAUUGAAUAAGACAGCAAUUGAUCAAAGAUUAGAUUCUGUAGAACUACUACUAAAUGACGGCGAUCUGAAAUAUCUGAUUGAAUCUAAACUUAAGGGAAUAGUGGAUGUUGAAAGAAUGCUUACAAGAAUACAUUCAAAAAUCUUGAAGGCAAAGGAUUUUGUUAGAGUGAUUGACAGUCUUCAAGUGAUUUCUGAAUUAGUGAACGAGCUUAAUAAAUUCGGCGUCGACAGCCUUCAAGGUAUGCUAAAAAAGUUGAUUGUUGAUUUUCCUAUUUUAGAAUUGGAUGAGCUUUUGGAAAGUUGGAAUGAUAAGUUUGAUAAGGAUUUGGCGAUCAAUGAGGACAUCAUAGUCCCAAAGAGUGGCGUUGAUGAAGAGUUCGAUGAAAGCAAUGCCAAGAUAUCCCAAAUCGAAGAGAAACUUUCAGAUUUACUGCGGGAAUAUAAAACAGAAUACAAAAACAGUGAAAUCUGCUACAAAGAUAGUGGUAAAGAAAUUUAUUUGAUUGAAGUACCAAUCAAACUAGCUAGCAAAAUUCCUCGGGAUUGGCAACAGAUGGCUGCUACUUCCAAGUGUAAAAGGUAUUGGUCACCAGAGGUUAAGACUUUAGUGAAGCAGCUAAUGGAACUCAGAGAAUUGCACAAAUCUAUCUGUUUGAACUUAAAAGAUAAGAUUUAUUCCAAUUUCGAUAAAAGUUAUGAUAAAUGCAUGAAAAUAGUUUCUACUAUCGGUAAAAUUGAUUGUUUGGUCUCAUUGACUAGAGCAUCCGAAGCCCUUGGAUUUCCUGUUUGCAGACCGGAAAUUGUUGACAAUGAAUACUCGUUCUUAGAUUUCAAGCAGUUGAGACAUCCAUGUUUCAUUCCCGGCUCUGGGAUUCUUAAUUCAAAAGAUUUUAUUCCUAAUGAUAUUGCCCUAGGAUUGAAUAAUGAGAACAGCAUGGGAUUGUUGACAGGUGCAAACGCAGCGGGUAAGUCAACUUUGUUGAGAAUGACGUGUGUUGCCACAAUCAUGGCACAAGUCGGCUGCUUUUUACCUGCCGAAAGUGCAAGAUUAACGCCCAUGGAUUCUAUAAUGACCAGAUUAGGUGCAAAUGAUAACAUCAUGCAAGGGAAAUCAACAUUUUAUGUAGAAUUGCUGGAAACAAAGAAGAUGUUAGAUACAGCCACGCCUAGGUCCUUGAUAAUUCUGGAUGAAUUAGGUAGAGGAGGCUCUUCGAGUGAUGGAUUUGCUAUUGCCGAAUCUGUUUUGCACCAUUUUGCUACUCAUGUUCAGUCAAUCGGAUUUUUUGCUACUCACUAUGCAAAUCUCGGGCAAUCUUUUGUCAACCAUCCAAAAAUUACUCCAUUGCGCAUGUCAAUUUUAGUUGACUCUGAAUCAAAGAAGAUUACGUUUUUGUACAAGCUUGAAAGUGGACAAUCAAAUGGUUCUUUUGGUAUGCACGUGGCUACAAUGUGUGGCAUACCCAAGCAGAUUGUCGAGAGUGCCGAUGUGGCUGCCAAAAAAUGGGAGCAUACAUCAAAGCUACACAAAGCAAGUCUUGAUUCAGCUUCUAAAAUGCCUUUGGGAUUGGAAAGUGAUUUUAGUUGGUGGAGCCAAAACAAAGCACUUACUCCUUCUUUUGGUCCUUUCUUUGAAAAGGAAGCAUUACGUUCUGCUAAGAGAAAACCCGCAACAGAAGGAACGCGAUUAUUUGAUGAGACAGUUUUCAAUGGAAAGAAGAAGGAUCUCAAUUUUGAAGCUACUGAAAAGAAAAAUAUUUUAGGAACAAAGAGAAGAAAGAUAGAUGAAGUAAGAAAGGCACAAAACAUAAAUAAUAAAGACAUCUGGUAUGAAAAUAAUGGAUGGAAACGAGUACGAUUUAAUAAGGUUGCUAAGACGUUCUUGAAAAAGGCUUUGAGCAGGGCUCUCAGUUUGGAGGGGAUAAAGAAAAAUAAAGUGAUAGAGCUACAGGUAGAAAGACUAUCCAGUUUGGGAGAUUUACGCAACGCAAUAAAUACGCUAGAAUUUUGGUUUAAAUUUCAGUAUGAGAGCGGCGUAGCCAAAGACUACGAUGAGGACUCCAUUGAUGGUAAAGAAACAGGGCUCGAUAUUUUUCAUUCUAUAGGGAAGAUAAUUUAUGGGACAAAGCAUGAGAAAGAGGAGUUUGAAGAUUUCAGGAAACGACACAAUAUCAAGAUAGAUGUUUCCCAAGUUGAGAGCGAUGUUGUCACAGUUGAUAAUGUUAGUAGUGAGGUGAUGUCACACUUGACCCGGUUCAAUCUUUGUUGUUUAGAGAACUACUCUUUAACAAACCCUCCAAUUUGCGACGAUUUGAACCGAUUGAUGGAUAUACUCAGCAUAUCUGAUGAUAUGGUGAAAAGAAGUGGAGGUUAUGGCAACUCAAGUGUUUUACAAAACACUUCGUUUUAUAAUUGUUUUGGGCUUCGGAUUCAUUGUCAAUCUCUGAAAGAGCAGGGUGAAGGCAACCUACCCCUUAACUCCAGCUCACGUGGGAAAAAACGUGUCAUAUUCAGUAGGGAUUCCAAACUUAGGAAAAAGUUACACACCAUUCAAAACGAAAUUUUCGACUAUCAGAAAAAGAGAGAGAAGAGCAUGGUAUCAGCUAAGGCUUAUGCGCAUCUGAACCAACUCGAAACGGUUCUCAUUGACGGGUUCUACCAAAGCAAUAUAUUGUCCAGUUAUAAAUACAAGUAUCAAAGGUACCUCAAAGGGCAGAAUAUUUUGAAAAUGGAGAGAAUUGGUGGAAAGUUCACAAAUUCUAUCACCGCUGACGAUGAAUUCAAGGUAGAUAAUGAAGAAGAG